AUGGUUGAUUCAAAAAGUUUCCACUUCAUCCAGAAGAUUGUCAAUUCAGUUCUGAAUGAGGAGAAGGACAGAAAUAGGGCGAUUGAUAAGAAGUUACCCAUGCCAUUUCCUUGUCAAUGCGGUGUCCUCUGCAGUAACAGGGAGCUUCUGCGCCCAGUUAUUCGGGCGUUCGACACCCUUUAUCUUGAAUAUAUGGAGCUACACAAGGAAUAUAGUAAACUUUUUCAGGCCGCAUGGAUAAGACGCAGUGGAGAAAAAAUUUACUAUUCCAGACGACAUCCACCCCCGGAAGUGGAACCCCGAAGACCUUUUGUAAUUGAUGAGAUAUCUCCUUUUGAGGAUGUGCUGGUUGAUUAUUGGGCCAGGGAAGCAGUAAAAACAAUACCCGAGGAGGUGACCGGGGCCACGCCCGAGGAAAAACGACUUGAAACCAUUCGUUUGCGGAUGCGAUAUAGAUCGCGCAGUCUCCUGGGACGUUUGACAUCCUGGCUUCUGUCCAUCGUGUACGCCUACAGAGACUGCAUCUGUUUUAACUGCGACUACCGAGAGGCACUCUUAGACUUCAGGACGGCUUUGACUAAAUUGCAGAGGGAAUAUACUAACGUCUACCUAGAGUACAGUGCUUUACUAAGCGCCCUUCAAGUCAUGCGACCGUCACCCGGAGACGACACCAAAUACAUUCUUGUUCGGGACUUGAAUACGCUCCCUCGAUUGUCCUUUACGACAGCGGAUAAAUUGCCAAAGAAGUCGGAGAGCCCACAGAGACCAGUACUACCUCCUCCUCCUACUAUUCCUCGAGUGUCGGAACCGGUUGCACAACAAGAUGCGGUUCAGAUUUUGCUGGAUCAGUGCCAAUGUGAAGUCGUGACCGCAGACAUAACUGAGGACCUCCGCUAG